UUGGUUUUUGGACCUUGUAUUUUGGAACUGUAAACGUGGAAGCAUUACCAGCAAGAAAACACAAACCAAAUUACACCAAGUUUUUAUUCUUUCAAACCUCUGUAACGUGCAAUCAACGCACUCCUUCCUUGCUUCCUUCAAUGUCUGGGCAUUUUGCUUAUACAAAGCUGAUCACACAAAUGUGGGUUUUUUCCUGACUAUUGCACUUUGGGUUUGGAAGUUAAGAGUGAAGGAGAGAAAUAGAAUAAAAGAUGAAAGGGGUUGAAAGGAGGUUUUGUGAGGAGUUUUCACCUGGGUAUUAUGGGAUUUGUACUUUUGGAGGAAUGCUUAGUGCUGGGACUACUCAUCUUGCUGUUACACCUCUUGAUGUCUUGAAAGUAAAUAUGCAGGUGAAUCCAAUCAAGUAUAGCAGCAUUUCAUCAGGAUUCUCCGCCCUUUGGAGAGAGCAGGGGCCAUCUUCUCUUUGGAGAGGUUGGUCUGGCAAGUUGUUUGGAUAUGGUGUUCAAGGAGGCUGCAGAUUUGGUCUUUAUGAAUACUUUAAGGAGCUUUACUCCAAUGUUUUGGUUGAUCAAAACAAGACCUUCAUAUUCUUUCUCAGCAGUGCAUCUGCUCAAGUAUUUGCCGAUGUGGCUCUCUGUCCUUUCGAAGCCAUUAAAGUUCGUGUUCAGACACAGCAGACUUUUGCUAAGGGUUUGACUGAUGGAUUUCCUAAACUUUAUAAAACCGAAGGGCUUGCAGGCUUUUACAAGGGACUUGGUCCACUUUGGGGCCGCAAUCUUCCAUUCUCGAUGAUAAUGUUCUCAACGUUUGAGCAUUCAGUGGACUUCAUCUAUGGAAGUAUUGUUAAACAGAGAAAAGAAGACUGUUCUAGAGCUCAACAACUCGGUGUUACAUGCUUAGCAGGGUAUGCAGCUGGAGCAGUUGGUACUGUCGUCUCUAACCCGGCCGAUGUCGUUGUUUCUUCUCUUUACAACAAAAAGGCUGAAAAUGUCUUGCAGGCUGUUAGAAAGAUCGGGCUUGUUAAUCUUUUCACUAGAAGUCUUCCUGUACGCAUCACACUCGUUGGACCUGUCAUUACCCUGCAAUGGUUUUUCUAUGACACCAUCAAACUUCUAUGUGGACUGCCUGCUAGUGGAGGAUUGAAUAGACAACUUCAAGAAGCCAAUUUAUUAACUUAAGCUGUUGGACACCGGAGGAGAAUCUACGAAAGUUCCAUCAGAACAAGGUAUGGAAACAUGAAAAGUUAAAAAUCCCUGCAAUGUUGGCGUAUAAUACCUUAUCGUCCUGAUCAUCGAUAUGCCGGAAUGUUAGUCGCUCAUGAAUCUUCAUAAAGGUUCAACAAUGUCUUAAAAUUCUUCUAUCUGUCUCUUGAACAAUCCCCUAACUUUUGUUUGUAGCUUGAGGGGUAUCAUAGCUUGUUUAGUCAUGAGAGAAUGUCACGAGUUCUACAUUUGCAGACAUGACAGAUUAAAAAUGAAAGUAGUCGAUAUUGCACGAUC